UCAAAUAUGGAGGAUAAUAAUUCGUUACUGCGUGUCAAUCAUGAUCCGAUCACGGUGGUUGGAUCUUGCAAAUUAUGUUCCAGAGAAUUGACUAACGCGGAACUGUUAUCAAUAAUAAUCAAAUGUGUAAAUUUUGCAGCGAUAAAGCACAAGGAUCAGAGAAGGAAAGAUGAACAAGAAACACCAUAUAUAAAUCAUCCCAUAGGCGUAGCAAAUAUUUUGAUUCAAGAGGGCAAUAUUCAUGAUCCUGUUGUAAUUAUAGCAGCCCUUUUGCAUGAUAUUGUAGAAGAUACUAAUACUACAUUUGAAGAGAUAGAAAAUCAAUUUGGUACAGAGGUUUGUAACAUCGUUAAAGAAGUAACUGAUGAUAAAAGUUUACCAAAAGCGGAACGCAAAAGAUUACAAAUACAGAAUGCUUCAAAGAAAAGUCAUAAAGCUAAAUUAAUCAACUUGGCAGAUAAAUUAUAUAAUUUAAGAGAUCUACAAAGAGCUAUACCAGUUGGUUGGUCACAAGAUAGAGUAAAAGAAUACUUCAAGUGGUCCAAAGCUGUGAUUGAUGGAUGUCGUGGAACUAAUUGUAGUCUAGAAAGAGAAUUAGAUGUAAUAUUUGCAAACAGAAUAGCUCAAGAUAGAGAAAGUUGUACAUGUAAAAGAUCAUUGAUACCAUGAUGUUAAUGUUCGAUUGAAAUAAUAAUUUUAAACUUGAACGCUGCAAAAUGUAAAAAUAAAAGUAAAUUUAAAGCAGUAAA